AUGUCAUUAAAUAAACUUCGUGAUGAAGUACUUUCUAAUCAAGCUGGCGAGGAAAGAGUUGAAAUUAAUCAAAGACACUUAAUUGAUAAAAUUUUAGCAAGAUAUUCCAAUGAAUUUGUUGUUUAUAGAGAAUUAUUACAAAAUUCUGAUGAUGCUAAAGCUACAGACAUUGAAAUAAUAUUUGAGACUAAAAAGCCUAAAAAUGUUAGCAUGUCGGAUAAAUGUGUGAGAAUAUUGUUCAAAAACAAUGGUUUUUUAUUUAGGCCUGAAGAUUGGAAUAGAUUGAAAAAAAUUGCUGAAGGAAAUCCUGAUGAACAAAAGAUUGGUGCCUUUGGUGUUGGAUUUUAUUCCUUGUUUUCAGUUUGUGAUGAUCCUUUUGUAUCAUCAGGUACACAAGCUAUGGCCUUUUAUUGGCGUGGAGAUCAAUUAUUUGUUAAACGAAAGGAUAUCAAACAGAAUGAUAAUAUUUGGACAACAUUUUUGAUGGAUACUAUUGAAAAUGGAAAAAAAUUACCUGAAAUAGAAGCUUUUGGACGUUUUCUAGCAACUUCGCUGGGCUUCACAGGGAAUCUUAAUAAAAUUACAGUCUACUUUGAUAACAUCCAAGUAAUUCAAUUAACAAAAAAAAUGGAUGUACCACGACCAAUGUCAAUCAAACAUGGAAUAAAAAAAAAUUCACCAAAUAAUCUAUUUGAAUUGAAAUCAGUUAAUGUCUACAAAGCUCAAUUAGAUGUUAAUAUAUUAAUUACUUCAACAAAAUCUCCAAUAAAAAAUUUUUUAUCUGGAAAAUCCACAAUUUUCCUAAAAAUUGCUAGUGGUAAUGUUGAUUUAAAGAUUCCAGAGCCAUUUCGUGUGGAAAUGGAACGUGCCACCAAGAAAUGGCCUCCAAAAAAUACAAAGAUACAAAUGAUUUUUACUAGUUAUGAUGAGCAAAGUUCUUCAGAUCAAAAUAAACAUAUUUCAAAUGUAUUCAGAGAUUUAUUGGCAUUCCCUGAACAAGGUAAAAUAUUUAUAGGGUUUCCUACUUUUCAAACAACUGGUUGUUCUGCGCACCUUGCAGCUAGACUAAUUCCUACAGUUGAACGUGAAUCAGUUGAUUUGGCACAUAAAACCCUAGCAAAAUAUAAUGAAGGAAUGUUAUCUUUAGCUGGUACAUUGUCUCGUAUAAUAUAUGAAGAUGAGCUGAUACAAAUUUCAAAACUGUACAAGAGCUUGUUUGGUUCAAAGCCUGCAACAUUUCAAAAGAAAUCUGAAUUUGAAGAUUUUCAAAAACGUGUAGCACAUGUUUUGGCACAUUUUACAUUUAAACAAAGUACACCUAGAAAUGAGAUCUCAACAAUCAGUGAAUCACAAUUUUUUAAUUGUAUAUCAACACCAUUACCAAUAUUAUCUACUCAUGGUAUUUUACCAAUUGAAUCUAUUAGAAUACCAACCCCUAAGACAGUGCUUUUUAUCAAGAGCAUCCCAAUUGUUCCACCAUUAUUGUUAAGUAAAUGUUGUGAAUUUUUCAAAAAAGCAAAAGAUACUUUAAAGCUCAUGUCUGAAAUCUCAAUAAAUGACAUUUUUAAGGAAUUAGAAAGUCGUGCAUUAGAUGAAGACGAAAUAAUAAGUUUAUUGAAAUGGUGGAUAGGUUAUGAACCUAAAAAUUUAGCUGAAACGGAGAAACUCAUGAAACUUGCUACUAUACAAGUUAAAAAAACUAAGGUGCCUCUCAGUAAUAUUUCUUAUUAUUUAGAUCCGACUGUUAUUCCACUUGAUGUGGAAGUUCCUUUAAAUGUUUUACCUUAUUCAAUAAGUAAAUGCUUUGAUAAAAAAGACAUUGAAACUUACUUUAGUGGUUGGUCCAAAUUAAAUUUGAUUACAUGGAUUCAAUUUAUUACCACAAAACCUUCAUUUGAACAGGAUCCAGCAUUUUCAGAAGAAAUUCUUAGGAUUAUUUCACGUCAAUCUGGACAUGAUUUUGAAUUUGUUUCUGAACAAGAUCAAGCAACUAUUAAACAGCUUUUGGCCAACAAAGAAUGUAUACCAACAUCAGUUGGUAUGAACAAGCCAAGUCAAUCUUAUUUUCCAGGUGUGGAUUUAUUCACAGAUUUACCUAUAGUUUGCUUUCGAUAUAAAAUAAGUGACAAAUUCCUUGCUUUCUUGGGAGUUAGAAAGCAUAUUGAACCACAACUUUUAUUUGAUCGACUUAUUAGUCAAGGAAGUUGGGAUCAUAUGCAAUUAAUAGAAUAUCUUAUUAAGAAUGAAAUUACAGAUGCUGAGGAAAUAAAAAAAUUGUCAUCCAUGCCUAUUUGGCCAAUGGAAUCUAACAACAAAAAUAGUAAAGAAUCAACAAUUAAAAGGUUUACAGCAAAAGAAUUAUAUGCACCAUUAUCACAAUUACGUGAGUUGGGAUUACCAAUAAUUCAGUGGAAUGGUGAAUGGAAUAAAGAUCUCAAAGAAGACUUACGUAAAUAUCCUCCACUUGAUGUGAUACUUCAACUAGCAUCAUCUAACACAGAACUUUCAAUUCGCCAAAAAGCUCUCUGUUAUUUUAUUGAAAAUUUUAAAGCAAGAUAUUAUAAAGACUAUAAUGCAAAUAUGGUAAAUUUGGCAUUUCUUCCAUGUACUGAUACAAAUGUCUAUGCAACACCAACAAAUUGUUAUACAAAUCCUGAGUGUGAAAUUAUGAAAUUUAAUAUCUUGAAUAAAGAAUUGCUACCUAAUGCUGAUGAAUUUGGCGUGAAAAAAGAUCCUUGUCGGUUACAAAUAUUAGCAAAACUAAGGGAAGAACGGCCAGAAAAUGAAGAAAAGGCAAAAUUGAUUUUUGAUUAUCUAUCUUCGUUUCAUUUUGUACAUUCAGAUUGGGCUGAAUUACAAAAAAUACCUUUUAUUCCAAUUCGUGAUAAAGUGUAUAGACACAGUUUGAAACAUGUUACACCACUUGACUGUUUUUUUAACGGCUCUUAUGACCAUUUUAAUUAUAUUAAUUUUGGUGAAAAAGCCAAUAUGUUUUUGCGAAAUUGUGGUGUCAAAAAUGAACCAUCUCCAACUGAUUUGGCAGAAUUUUUAAUCAAAUAUUCACAUGAAUUCUUGAAAAGCCUUGAUGGUAAUGUUGAUAAAUAUAUUGAUACUCUACACAAAAUCUCUUUCAGCUUUGAAGAAAUCAAAGGAAAUUCCAAAGUGUUAAAUGAUUUGAAAGAAUGUCAAGUUUUAUUAGCAGUGAAGAAAGAAAAUAAUAGUGGUAAGAAAGAAGAAAAAAGCGUUGAUGAUGAUAAUGAUUCAAUAUUAAACGAUUUGAAAGAAUGUCAAGCAUUAUUAGAUGAUAGUAGUAAGGAAGAGAAAAAACCCAUUGAUGAUAAAGAUGAAGCAUUGAAUGAUUGGAAAGGAUAUCAAGCUUUAUUAGAAGAUGAUAGUGGUAAGAAAGAGAAAAAUCCUGUUGAUGAUGAUAAUUCAAUAUCAAUAUUAAAUGAUUUGAAAGAAGGUCAAGUCUUAUUAGAAGAUGAUAGUGAUAAGAAAGAGGAAAAAACUGUCGGUGAUGAAAAAUAUGUAUUAGCAUCUUCUAAAGAUAUUUAUAUAAAUGAUGAGGAAAUAUAUUAUAAAAUUUUUAAGCCAUUAAGUUGUCCUAUGGAUAACCUACUAGAAGAUUUGUAUAAGAAAUUGGGAUGUCUAUCACUAUCUAAUAGUGUUACAUCUAAACAUAGCAUUAAAGGAAAACCAAGAAAUACUCAAAAAUCUAUAGAAUUACAAAUUUUGAUUAGAGAACGUGCAUCAUUGUUUUAUCAUGACAUUAAGGAUGAUGAUAUUAAUAGAAAUCAACAAUGGUUAAAAGCAUUGAAAGUGAUGGAAGUUGACCAGAUUAAAACAACUUAUGUUUUGGCUCCAAAAAAUAUAACAAAAGUUAUCAAUUCAGACACCUCCUGUAUUUUAGAAAAGCCAAGGUAUAAAUGGAAACUAUUUAUUAGAGUAGAGGGGGAAGAAGAAUUAGUUAAUUUUUUUUCUAUUGCAAAAUCAAUUUCUCAAUUUAUUUAUAAAAUACCUCGAUUUGAGAAGUUUGCCCUUCUAGACAUGUUAUUAACAAAGUCGAUUGCUGAUCUUAAAGAUAGGGGAUUUCCGGUGGAUCGAUUAGUUAAACAAAAUAAAAUAACUUUGCUGAAACCACCACAAUUUGAAAUAAAUUCAUGGUACAAGAGGUACAACAAGCCUUGUACACCAAUGACAACUGAGGAUCUGAAAAAAGCUUUACACAGUGGUAUAAAUUUGUGUUGUUCAAAUUCGGAUCCCAAAUCUAAUGGACAAAUAACCUUUUUGAAAAGUCAAAUAAGUUACUGUGAUAUUAUACCAGGUCAUUCAUUAAAAUUUAUUGAAAAAAUAAAUGAGAUAGAAUUUUAUAUUUCAAGACAUCUGGACUCAUCAGUGCUUUUAUCACCAAGAACUCCUUUGAUAAACUUUAUUCAAAUACUUGAGCAUUUGUCUGAGGUUUUUGGAUUACCAUCCAACAAAAUUCAUGUGUUUUAUGAUCCUGGUGUUUCAGUUGCUUUUAAUCGAAACAAUUCAUUAUUUUUCAACUUUAAUUAUUAUUUGACUUCUUAUUCUGAAACUUCUCCAUUUUCAACUGAUAUAAUGGCCUAUUGGUUUACGAAAUUUUGUCAUGAAUUGGCUCAUAAUAUUGUAAUUCCACAUGGUGUUCAACAUGAGAAUAAGAGGAAUACAUUUGUCUACAAAUUAUGUCAAAUUGAAAUUUCCAUUAUUCAAGUUGUAGGGAAGAUUGGUAUGUAG